CUAGAUGACCCCGAGGGCGAAGAGGAGCAAGAGGUGCCGGCCAAAAAGCGGAAAUUGACCAAGGCCGCGGAGGCAAAACAGACAGCAAAAGCAAAGAAGAAAAUGAAAGGCAGCGACGACGACGAUUAUAACGACGAAGACGACGCUUAUACGGCGCUCUCGAAGUCUUUAUGGACGAACAACGGCAACUCGUCGUCGAAGCCACCUGUGGGAAGCUUCGAGGAAUGCGCAGUAUGCGAGAAACAAUUCACUGUGACAAAAUAUACUAUGGCUGCCAACCCGGGACCAGGGUAUCUCUGUCAUACAUGUGCCAAGGCAUCAGGAAACGACCCGUUCAAGAAGCCUGCUCCAAAGAAACGCCAAGUACCCGCUGAUAAGAGGACCAUUACCCACUUUGUUGAAAGCCGGUUCCCCUCGUUGGUGUCUUUGUGUAUCGACCUUGUCACGAAGCACAUCGACGAUAUUGAGGCUUUGGGUGAUAUCGGCACAAUGAAUAUGGAAGCUAUCUCGAAAGCGCUUUCUAAGAAUCGAAGAUUGACUCCUGAAAACGCCAAGCUUUUCUACAACGCGUCCAACUUAUCACUGACCCUCUUUGAUGCCACUAACCUUCCCUCGCCCGCCCUCGAGUCCCUUGUGUACCUCAACGCAAACUUAGCAUCCCUCCGCCUCGACUUCUGCGGCCUUCUCGAUGAUGCAGCGUUUAAAGUCUUCUCCACCUCCCUCCCUGCCCUCACCCGCAUUGAACUCCUCGGCCCCUUCCUAGUCCGUACAGGGGCCUGGCAAACCUUCUUCAAAUCCCACCCCAUUCUCGAAGGCUUCCUCAUCACCCAAAGCCCGCGAUUCGACGUGGCAUGCGCCAAAAGUCUUGUCCAGCACUGCCCUGGCCUCAAAGAGCUCCGGCUCAAGGAAAUCGGCAAGAUGUCAGAUGAAUUUAUAGAGGAGAUCAUGGAACUAGGGGUUGGACUGACUUAUCUCGACAUCUCCGACCCCACCGAUUCGUGCAGCAAUGAUACGUUGAUUGGGAUGCUUAGCGUCUUUGGCGCCGAGCUCAUGCAUUUGAAUCUGUCGAAACACAGACUUAUCACGGAUAGGUUCCUCAGUGAUGGGCUGGGGGAGUACACGCAGCGUUUGGAUUCGCUGCUGUUCUCGCAUCUCCCGGAGCUCACGGACAAGGGGGUUGCGGACUUUUUUGGUGGAUGGAAGGGUCACCCCGCGUUGCGCCAUCUUGAACUUGCGAGGAACCAUGAGCUGGGGAGCGCUGCGCUUGAAGCUAUCAUGAAGCAUUCUGGAAAGAGGCUCGAGGAACUGAACAUCAAUGGGUGGAAGGAGGUUGGAGAAGACGCGUUGAGGGCCAUUGGGAGGAGGGGAGGGGAGUUGAGGAGGAUAGAUGUUAGUUGGUGUAGGGAGAUGGACGAUUUUAUCAUGAAGGCCUGGUUUGAGGGCGAGGAUGUGCGUGGAGUGCGGAAGGGUGGCUGUAUGAAGGUUAAGGAGAUCAAAGUGUGGGGGUGUAACAAGAUUACG